AUGGCAUCAUCUUCUAAACCAUCCAGCAGUUCUGCUAAAUUAGCAGAUUAUCUCUGGGAGACACCUCUACUCUAUAAUUGUGUGCUUUCUCAGGACGCAAAACAUGACAUUAUUGAACGAUUGUACGAAGCGCUCUGGAAUGGAGACGAAAAUAUCAGACAGCAAUACUACUUUGCCACAAAAGAAAGUCUAGAAGCUGCAUCCAAGAGACAAUCAUUACAAAAAGAUGGAAAAGAACCAAACUCUGUACACAGCUCGGCAUGGCAUACAAACAGUGUCCUACCACCCCAAGACAUGUCAAGUCAACGCGGUCGACAAUGCGGUCAUGUUUUUCGUAAAGGAGAACCUGUCUAUCGUUGCAGGAACUGCGGUCUGGAUGACACUUGCGUCUUUUGCUCACAAUGUUUCCAUGCUACAGACCAUGAUGGUCAUGACGUUCUUUUCUCAGUCAGUCCUGGCUCCGGUGGAUGUUGCGAUUGCGGUGACCCAGAAGCCUGGAAGACACCUCUGCAAUGCAGAAUCCACUCUCCAGAUGCUGCCGCGGCUGCAGCUGCUGUGGCAGAAAUAUCGUCUGGCAGAGCGUUUGUCCCACCUGAAGUAAUAAAACACAUGCAACAGACAUUCACCACCGUUCUCGACUUUAUGCUUGACUGUUUUGCUCUUGCUCCUGAAGAGGUCGCCCUGCCUUCAUCUACAGAAGCCCUGAUCAAAGAGAGCAGACGUCAGCGUAACGUAUUACAGCACAUUGGCAUUCCAUCCCAUUAUUUAAAAAACCCGGUCGGAAGAUCAAAUACCGACAAUCUGAUGGAAACAGAACCCUCAAGCGGCGCUACCGGUUGCAUAGAAGAAGAAGAUGUAGAUGUAGAUAUGGACAAAUGCAGUGGAGAUAUGUCUGAUCUGCACACAAAAAUAGGUGGUAGUAUUGGAUCACACUCAAAGACUGAAAAUGAAGAAGAUGAAGAAGACGACGAGGAUAAUCAACUCUAUGCCUGUAUUGCGUGGAACGAUGAAGCCCAUGCAUUUUCACACGUAUUAGAGUGCAUCCAAUCAGCUACUGGAUGUGAUUGGGAAAAAGCCAAACACAUUAUAGACGUGAUUCAUGUUCAUGGUCGAGAAAUCAUCGCUACAUCCCACAAUAUUGAUGAGCUGCGUAAAGUGGCUGCUCCCCUGGCAGCAAUAAAUUUUGGCGUAACAAUCCGCCCUGCCCAAGAAACAUUCAGAGAACAAGUGUGUGGUUUGCUUGUAGAUUGGCUAAAGGAACUAGUCAAUGGACAGACACGUUUCUUUAAUAGUAUCGAGUACGGCGAUGGCGUUAUCCGCAGUGUGCUGUGCGAGACAUUGUGCGGAGAGUGGGAAUUGCGUCUCCCACUAGCCCUGCUGACUACUGAAACAAGGAACGAAAGAGCCUCCUCGGAAGCAGAAGAAGACGAAGACGAGAUAAAACACGAAAGAGGAGAAAUAGGAAUUGGUCAAACGAGCGAGACGGAGGAUGUGGAAAUGUUUGAUCCUGACAGCCGCUCAUCAUCUCGACCAAUCAAAAUAAACUCACCUCAAUCUCUCGACACAAGUCCGAUUAUCUACAGAAAUCAGUGCGAUGUAGCAAGUAUCGACUGGGAACCAGCUGCGAUGGUCAAAGAAUAUCAGCAGCUUAAAGAAGAGGAAGAAAGGUACGGCGAUAUGCUUGAUGCAAAGGGUACUGCCAAAAAACCGUUGAGCGAUUCUGCGGCAGGCAAAAGAGUCAUCCGUGACUCAAAAGAUGCAGUUCGUCUUGGAUUACAUAUGCAAAAAGAAUUUGAAGAAAAGUUGAGACUGGAUUAUUUGAUGCUCUAUGACCUCAAACUAUGGAAAGAAGUUCGUAUAUCACUGAGAGAGCUGUAUAUUUCAACCCUUGCUUCAAGUACAGUUUACAAAAAGGUUCUUGGAAGAAGACUUGCCAGAAAUUAUGCUCGUUUGGCAGAAUCUUUCUUACUCAAAGAUCGUGAACCUGAAAAUUCUAUAAUAUUAUUCUCUGUCCAACUCCUAACCGUACCAACAGUUUCGGACUUACUUGUGAACGAAUAUUACUUCUUUGGAAUCAUAUGCUCCACCCUCGCUGCAUUUUUCUUGACAGAUCACUUGCGACUUCUCCUUCCAUCUCAGAGACUACGCCUUCCUACAAGAAUCAACUGCGAAUCUCGUGCAUUUAGAACCAGACGCUAUUUCAACGCCUUCCAUGACUUGCGCUACAUUAUGAAUGUGGACAUGAUCAAGCAAGUUCUUGCUAUGGAUCCCAUAUACCUGCGCCAAUACCUUGAUCUCAUCAGCCUAUUCCAGGGAAUGAAUGCCCAAACCUGCCAGAAAGACACUCAUGUGGAGUACGAGUCUGAAAUAUGGGUUAAUGCAUUUAAUGUAACUCUUCAGAUCGCCAAAUGUUGCCGCCAGUUCUCAGACUGCUUUUCAAUGCUUCCGACCAAUACUCUCCAAGAAAAAGUUGACACAGCCAGAGCACUCGUGCAUGCCAUAACACGAGUCCUAAAACAAAUUGAGGAGUGGAGAGCAGACGACAGUGACGAUCCGAUGGAGCCAUCAUCAAAACAGCCCAACUCGCAGCCCAGUAUUAGUGGCACUGCAAAACAGGUUUUCCAUGAGAUUUUGUUACCCCACAUGCCACCCUUUGCGGUCAUCAAGUAUUCUGUCUGCAAAGAUCCAGUUUCUUUCCACCAUCCUUUGCACUGGUUGCUGGCUGGUCUUUUGGAGUAUGCAUCGCUUUUGAGUGAUGACGUCUUGAGAGAAGCAGGCUGGACAGGUGGUUUCCUCCAGGUUAUUACUUUGUACAACACUGUAUUUGAAGAUGGAAAUGACACAACCGAUGUCUUGUUACCCAUUCUUGACUUCCCCAUUCGCACAGUUGUCUUUUCGUCACAGAUCAGAGCAGGUGUGUGGGCUCAUCAUUAUCGAGACAUUUCGUUGCGUGAGAACACAUAUGACGCCGAUGUAUUCCUUCUUCAACUUGGAUUUGUCACCAUAGACCCUAGUCGCUUCCUAGCAACUCUUAUGGAUCGUUUUGACCUCGUGUCCUGGUUCAUGGGUACCACCAAGCACGAGAACUACGAUCCUUCUCAAACAGUGUUUAUGGCCGAAGAGAUCCUCAACUUACUUGUGGUCUGUGUCUGCGAGAGAGCCAAUGUAACAGGCAUGUCUAUUCAAGGCAAGAUCCGCCGUGAGAUUAUCCAUAAUCUCUGCCUUGAACCGGCUGCUUACUCAGAAUUGACCAAGCGUAUUCCCGAACGACUAAGCGAACAUCCAGACUUUGAUCACAUCUUGUCUUCGGUUGCAAACUUCAAGUCCCCGAUGGGUGUGAAUGAUCAUGGACGCUAUGAACUCCAGACAGAGUGGUUCUCUGAAGUCGACACUUACUUCUGGCACUACAGCCGCAACAACCGAGAAGAAGCCGAGGCUGUUCUAAAGAACCGCUGGAAAAAGGCAAACCCCAAGAAACCAGAAGAAGAGUUCUUUAUCCUCCCAAAGACAGAUUUCAUUGGCUCUGGGCCAUUCAAGUACAUCGGUGCGUUCUUACACACACCCGUCUUUAACCAGAUGAUCACAUAUGCUUUGUGGAACGUACGAAUGAGCAAGAACCACAAGAGCGACACCAUCCUCGACCAGACACUUCAUCUCAUUCUGCUGGCUCUUACAGACAAGAACAGUGUCGAAGCUGAAGAGUGCGACGGGUUCUAUCGCUAUGUGUGCGAAACAAGCUACCCAUUAACCAGCGCAAGUCACUCGCAGGAACACACCUUGUUUGAGGUCAUGACUAUAUUCAGGGAUGAAGAGCUGUACAGCGAAGUACAUGGUCGCUUUGACUGGAUCUUUGACCGUCUUGAGAACUGUGGCUGUAAAAAGACAAGCGAGAUCGUCAAUGCCUGGAAGUACAGUCGUCUUGCUCGUCUGCAACAAAAGGAAGAAGCUGCCGAAGGUUCUGUUGUCGAAUUAUCUGACAUAGAGAAGAAAAAAGCUGCGGCAAAAGAACGUCAGAUGAAGAUUAUGGCCCAGUUUGCCCAAGCCCAGUCGCAGUUUAUGGAAAAGAACGAAGGACUGUAUGAAGAUGAGCUUGAUGAUGCUGAGGAAGGCGAUGGUCUUGAAGACGCUUCUACUGAAAACCCAGAUGAAAUCCAUCGGUUCUGCUCUUAUCCGUCUGGUACAUGUAUCUUGUGCCAGGAAGAUGUCAACGAACGAUCGCCUCCUUAUGGUAUCCUUGGCCUAAUCCAGGCCUCGAAUAUCCUUCGUGAGGCUCCGAUGGACAGUACAGAGCUGUUUGAGGAUAUUCAAACCAUGGGGCCUAGUUUGGAUGUCGAAUGGCCAGACCGUCAGAUUUUGCCUGAAAACCACAAUGGCGUAGUCGGAUUCCCAGCACAGAACCACAAGACCGGACUUUACACAUCUACCUGCGGGCACUUGAUGCACAUCAAAUGUUUUGAGGCCUACUGCUCCUCCAUUGAUUCUCGUCAUGUGGCCCAGAUGACACGUAACCACCCAGAAAACAGAUCUCGUAAAGAGUUUAUGUGCCCACUCUGCAAAUCUCUCGGAAACACCCUCUUUCCGGUAUUUACAAAGGGCAAAAAGGAAUCAUACCCGGGUGUGCUGGUCAAGACAGACAAUGCUUCGUACACAAAGUUCUUACAGACUGGCGUUCAAUCAGCAGCAGAAAAAAUGAAGCAGAUGCUUGGUCCUCAUCGAGCCAACUUUGGGCCGAGACGUAGAAGCAGUGGGGCCAGCAAACUCAAGGACGCCAUUGCUACCUGGGUCCCUUCUUUGCGGACCACACCAGGUGGGCAGGCUGUGGUGAGUGAUGACUGGAUAAGCAGACGCCCGACAGGAUUCCCGUCUUCAUUGUCACUCGAGCCAUCCUUGACGAUGCAACAGGACGAUUCGGUGAUGCAUUACUCUGACCGUACCACGGCCCACUCUCCUACAGAAGGACGUCUUGGAGUAUUUGAUGAAGAUGUGCUCUACCUUUCAGCAAUAUCGUCGAUUCCUGCAAUCAAGAAAUCUUAUGGCCGACUGUUUGAUGUGACAACAAUUACGUUUCGCGAGAUAGCUGGUGAUGAGAUUAUUAAGGAGAUGUCGACGCCAAUCAAGAAUGUUGAUCUGCUGUGGGCAAUGUUAGGAUACACGAUUAUGGGAGUUGAGAUAGCUGCGCGUGGGUCUGCUAAGCCAAAAACCCAAGACAAUCCAGAGGUUAUACCUACAGGAACCUUGUUUGAUCAGAUACCAUCGCAGACCCAAAUUUUGCUGCGUGUUUUGAGCGACACGGUAAUUGCAUACACGAGUCUGAUGUCCCAACAGGACUCUAGCAUUACUUCUUCAAGUAUCAGCCCUGGGCUCAGUCCUACUAUGAUGAAGAUCCAUGUUCUGGCUCUCGGUCGCCUUCGACAGAUUUUCCCUAACAUCAGUCUGGAUGACUUGGCCAAUGUGAUUGGGCCCAAUCAGGAAAAGAUUAUUAUCUAUGACAAUACACCACUGCUGGAAGACGAUCCGUUUAUGAUUCUUUCUGAGCUUUCGUUGCACAUGGCUUCUACUACUAAAUCUGACAUCUAUCCAUUUGUGCGUACCUUGUUCCUCGCCGAGAUUACAAAGGUUACGAUUGCGCUUCUCAGAAACCAGCACGAUCAGAUGUGCACGGAUUCACUAGACUAUCAGAACGUUCUAGAUGGCGAAGGAAACACUAGAGGAAAGAUACCGGUCAAUGUAUCUCAGGAGGAUUGCGUGGCUGCUAGUGAGUUUGCAUUUUCAGUUAUGGAGAAGAUGCAGUACAGUAGUGAUGAUGCGGCAUUGCUGUUCAGAAACUAUGGUCAGGAGCGGUUCUGCAGCCACCUCCAAGGAUUUAUUUUGCCGUUCCUUCGUCGGGCGUUGGUUCUGAUGAUUGUUCGGUUUGGAUUGAUUGUACCUCCUUUGAGUGAUGAUGAUGAUGAUUUUGCUGGUAAUAGUGGUAACACUGGACACCGUCGAUCUGAACUGAGUCGCCUGUUGGAUAUUCUCAAGCUACCAAACUUUGAGACCAUGCUUCAGCGUACACCAGAACAUGAGCAUUUGAUUUCAGCGUGGUGCAAGCAACACAUCAAGGAAUCGCAGCGUCGAUGGGAGAUUGAGGUCGGAAGUUCGGAAAAUGCACCAGCACUUCCUGCGAUGGUUCGACUUGACAUGCCAACCCCGUUGUACCUUGUAGCACUUCCUCGUAGAUUGGAUCAGCUAUUUGAUGAGAGUAUGCGACGUGUUUGCAAUAAGUGUGGCACGGUCCCUACCGAUCCUGCCUUGUGUCUGUUCUGUGGAACGUUUGUGUGCGCACAGAGUUUCUGCUGUUCUGAAGAGGAGGAAGGUGAAUGUAAUUUACACACUCUAGAAUGUGGAGGCGAUAUUGGUGUAUUUUUGUCUGUCAAGAGAUGUGUGUUGAUUCUUUUGCACAAUGGCAAUGGAUGGUUUAUUGAUGCCCCGUAUCUUGAUUCUCAUGGUGAGGUUGACCAAGGACUGAGACGCGGUAAACCUCAAUACUUGAAUACCAAGCGCUAUUCUGAGAUUCGUAAAUUGUGGUUACAGCAUACUAUUCCUGUCUAUAUUGCUAGACAGAUUGAAGCCAACUAUGAUAUUGGUGGUUGGACAACCAUGUAAAACUAGCUAUCUUCUUUGGUUUGAUUUGAUUUCUGUUACUCUUUCUUUCUUGGUCGAGAUGAGACCACAUAUGUUCCCUUUAGUUUUCUUCUUAUUCUUAUCCUUUAUUAUUUUUAUAACAUGUAACUUUGUGAUGUUUUCUUUUUAUUUUUCUUCUUCUUUUUGUUUUCUUUACUGUUUUGUUUAUAUUUAAAUGUAUACAGACAGGAAGUCAGUCAGUCAAUCAGUCAGAUAAAACACAAUCAACAUGGC